UGAUGCAGUGCUCGCGACCUCGCGAGGCCGAAACUCAGCGACAACAAUCGGCCUGUCGGUUCAAAUCUAUGUUUUGCUCUGGCGUCGCCUGGUAUCUGUCUUGCAGUAGUUACUUUCGCAGAAGUUGCACUUUGCAUUAUAAGCUUGAAGAUAGCAGCGAGCGUGCCGACGGAACAAGUUCAGGAAGCUUGCAAUAGCAGCACAGACCGCGCGAAUCUGUUUCUCCUCUUGUCCGUAAAUGAUAGCGUUCGCGUAAAAGCCCAAGGGCCUAAAAGGGGAAGGCCAGGAGCGGCGCAACUGCUCGAAAUGGAGCUCGACAACCCAGACCUACGCUAUGAGGUCCGCGAGGUCAUCGGCAAAGGCGCUUUUGGAGAGGUCAACCUUGUCGUUGAGAAGACCACAAGGCAACGGUAUGUGCUGAAGCGCAUCAAAAUGGCACGACAGUCGGAGUGGCAACGGAAAGCCACCCGCCAGGAGAUAGAAAUCGUCUCCCGGCUGCGGCACCCGUUUAUCAUGCCGUACAAGGAGCACUGGACGCACCACGGCCACACCAUCAACGUGGUGUACGGCUACUGCGAGAAGGGAGACCUCACCACCGCCGUCACCAAGCAGAAGGGCAAGCCCUUCAGCGAGGAGCAGCUGCGGCUGUGGCUGGCGCAGCUGCUGCUGGCGGUGGAGUACAUGCACAGCCAGCAGGUGCUGCACCGGGACAUCAAGACGCAGAACAUCCUUCUGACCGGCGAUGGAGAUGUGCAAGUCGGUGACUUCGGGCUGUCCACCGUGCGCGUGCCCAGCGCCGGCGAUGCUCACGGCGCGCCAAAGCACGGCGACACAGACGACACGGACACCAGCGACGCUGCCGGCGGCGGCGGCGGCGACACACCUCCGCUGCCGCACACGCCGCCACAGCACGGCCACGCCCACGCGCACCCACACGGGCACGGGCACGGGCAUGCGGGCGCCGACGCCUACGUUGCGGGUCUGGCGGCGGCCAUGCAUGGCGGCGGCGGCGGCGGUGGCGGCGGAGCCCACGGCGGCGCCGGCGGCGCUCACGGCGGCGGCGCCCAUGGUGGGCUGCACGCGCCGGGGCCGGCGGCGCCGGGCGCGGGCGGCCCCAUCACGCCCAACCACCACGUGCUGUCGCCGCCCCAGGCGGAGAAGGGGCGGAAGGACCAGGCGCACAAGGCGGCGGCGGCGGCGGCGGCGGCUGCUGCGGCGGCUGGGGCGGGGGCCGAUAAGGCGGAGCUGGCGCAGACGCCGGCGCAUGAUGCCAAGGGCACCCGCAAUGACUACGCGCUGGUGGGCACGCCGCACUUCAUGAGCCCCGAGCUCCUGAGCAACGCCAAGUACUCGUUCGAGACCGACAUAUGGUCGCUGGGUGUGGUGAUGUAUGAGCUGACCACGCUCAAGCCGCCCUUCAACGCCUUCAACCUGGCGGGCCUGGUGGCCAAGAUCAAGCGCGCCGCGCUGCCGCCCAUCCCCGCCGGCUACUCGGCCGACUGGGCGGGCGUGCUCAAGAGCAUGCUGCGCAAGGACCCCGCCCGCCGUGCCUCGGCUCUAGAGCUGCUCGCGCUGCCCUCCAUGGCAGCGGCGCUGGCGGCGGCGCGGCAGCGGGCGGCGGCCAUCAUGCCCGACGUGACGCUGCCCAUCAUAGCCACAGUGUCCAUCCCGCGCCAGCUCUCCGGCACAAGCAGCGACGGUGGCGCCCUGGGACCGGACACCUUCAGCUUUGCCGCGCCCGGUGCUGCCGGAGCUGCCGCCGCGGCCGGCGCCAACCGGGCCACCCCCGGCGUCACUCCCACAGCGACCGCCGCAGCUGUGACGCCCAUGCUCACGACACGCGCCGGCGGAGCCACCACCCCUGGCACGGAUGACGAGGGCGGCGCCGGCGGCGGCGGCGGCGAGCUAUCGCCAAUGAGCAAGUUCCCUGACCUGCAGGACGCGGCGGCGAUGGACUCGCCGCUACCGGCCCGGCCCAUGCCGCCGGCGGCGGAGGCGGCAGCGGCAGUGGCGGCGGCGGCGGCGCCUUCGGCGGCGGCGAUGCGUGGAGCGCGCGGCGGCAGCGCGGCGGGCGCUGUGGGAGAGGCAGCCCGCGCGCGGACCCCUGCGGCCGUGCGCAAGCCUGGCGGCUCAGCAGCCAGUGCGCCGCCGGCUGGCACCGCAGCGGCGGCAGCCGGCGGCGGCGCCGCCGCGAAGCGCUAUCCCACGCCACAGGGCGCCGCCGCCGCGCGCGCCAACGGCGGCGGCGGCGGCGCUGCGGCCAAUACAAUUGCCGCCCGAGCCCGGACGCCUGCGCGCGGAGCUGCGGCUGGUGCCGGCGGCGGCGCCGCUGUGGGCGCCACGAUGGGCAGCGGUGCCACGGGCAGUGAGAAGGACGACGCAUCGACCAGCGGCGCCGCGCCAGCAGCGGCAGCACCAACGGCGGGAGCCCCGGCGGCCCGCUUGGUGCGCAAGCCCGCUGCCCGCGAGGCUGCUCCCACUCGUCCGCGCGCCGCCGCCGCCGCCGCCGCAGCACCAGCACCAGCAGCCGGUGAGGCCGUGGAAAGCGGCGCGGACGCGGCCGCUCGCAACCGCAGCCCCUCGGCGCCCCAGGGCCGCCCAGUGCCGGCUGUAGCGCGGCAGCGCUCCGAGACGCGCGCCGGGGCUGCCGGCUCUGCUGGCGGCGCGGCGCCGCCGCCGCCGCCCGUGGCCCGCACAAGCAGCACUCGCCGCGCCGGCCUGCUCGACACAGCGGCGGCGGCGCCGCCGCUGCCGGUGGCGCCGGUGGCGGUGCCGCCGCCUGCUCUUGACGUUGAGGGCGAGGCGGCCGGGGUGGCAACGACACCCGGGUCGGAAGCCGCCAAAUCAAGCACGCCGACAAGCACGGGCGGGGCUGGCCCCGGCGCGGGUGCGGGGCAGCGCUCCCCCAACGCCGUGGCGGCAGGCGCGAGCAAGGCAGCAGCCGGGAAGGAUGGGUUGCCGUGGAGCCGCUCCUCCACGGCGCCCCGGGCGGCGGCGGGGCCGCGCGUCUCCCGCACCGGCGCGGCCGCCUCCCCGCCAGCGGGUGCCAACGGCGCGGCCGUGAGUCCGUCCGGUGGCGGUGCGGCGCCGGCGGCCGUGGGCACCAGGCGCGCGGCUGCCGCCGGCGCCGUGGAGGGCGCCGCUGGCGGCGGCAUCCUUGGCCGUGCCGCGCGCGUCAGCGCCUCGCCGAUUCGCGCGGGCGGCCCCCCGGCCCCAGGCCCCAGUGGGCGCCGCUCCAACCCCGGCACCGCUGGACCCGGCGCCGCGCCCGGCCCAGCGGAGAAGCGCGUGCGGCGCAGCUCCUACGUCGUGACGGCGUCUGGCGGCGCCGCAGCAGGCAAGCCUGCUAUCGCGGCAGCCGCGGCUGCUGCAGCAGCUGCGGCGUCGAAGGCCGCGCCGGCGCCGGCGCCCGCGCAAGGCAAGGCGGCAGUAGCUGCGGAACCCGAGCGACCCGCGGGCGACAGCUCCGUCGUGUCCUCGGCCGGCGGCAGUAGCAACGAGUCCAUGCCGGCGGCGCCGGCGCCGGCGGCGCCCACAGACGAGCUGUCACCUGGGCUGCUGGCCGCGGCACGCGUGGCGUUAGCGGCGGCGGGCGGCGAUGCGGCGCCGGCGCCGGCAGCUGGGCAGCAGCCGGCGCCGCAGCAGCGGCCCAGCAUCUCCAUGACGACUGAGGACUCGGAGAUGUCCUACCCCAGUGGCAGGUAUGAGGCAUCGGAGAUGUCGCAGCCCGGGGGUGCCCUUGACUGCGUCGAGUCGGCUGACGUCGGCGCCGCCGCCGCGGUUGGCGUCGCCGACUCCCUGGCCGACGGUGGCGCUGUGCCGGCGGCCGUCGCUCUGUGGAACAGCAACUCGCUCUAUUCCACCGGCGGCGCGCAGUUCGGGAGCUACGGCGCCCUGGCGGAGGCGGCCGCCGCCGGCGCCGGCGUCAGCGGCCGUGCCAUUGGCAACGGCGCCGCAGCCGCGGCCACCCCGGCCGCGGCGCUCUCGCGCGCCUCCACCACCCUCAUGUCGGUCGGCGGCAGCACCAACCUCUCUGACCUCCCACGCCGCGUCUCGAUCUCCGCCUUCACGCCCGGCCUUGCCGGCGGCGCUGAAGGCGCCGCCGCCGCCGGCGCAGCUGCCGACUGCGGCGACGCCACGCCGGGCUCGGGCUCCUCCACCGUCGCCUCCUCGCCCGUGCCGCACCGGGCCAGCGGCGGCACCCUGGAGGCGGCGGCGCGGAGGGCGGCGGCGUCGCGCCUGGCCUCCGCCGGCCCUUCCGCCGCCGUGGAGGGCCCACUGUCAGAGGGCGAGGAGGAGGAGGCGGACGGCGAGGCGGCGCCGCCUGUCGUGCCUGGCGACGCCUACGACAGCCCAAGCUCCUUCAUCACCGGAUCCACCACAGCCAUCAGCGGCGCCGGCACCACGGGGGCCGGCACCACGGGGGCCGGCACCACGGGGGCCGGCACCACGGGGGCCGGCACCGCCGCUUCCACGCCGCUGUCCGCCGCCGCCGCCGGCCCCUCGCCGGGGGCAGCGGGCACACCUGGCAGCGUCAGCUCUGCCGCGGCGCCGUCCCAGCGGCGUGGCCGCGGCAUCUUCGGCGGCGGCAUCUUCGGCGGCCUGAACUCGGCAGCGCGGGCAGGCCGCCGCGCGCCGGGAACCGCUGCCGCCACUGCCACCGCCACCGGCAACCCUGCUUCUGACGCUGCCAAUGCCGCCGGCCGGCCCGCAUCCCGCCUGGCUGGAGGGGCGUCGAGCAAGGCGCUGGCGGGGCCGCCGGCGGCGGCAGCGACACAGCCGCCUGCUCCCGCUCAGCGCCAGCCGCCCCCGCACCCGAGCCUGCGAGCCAGCCACGAGACCGCCGGCAGCGAUGGCAGCGCCGCCUGCAGCGCCUCCGCCACUGUGGGCCUCGUGCCCGGCGGCGCGCCGCCGGGAACGGCCGCCGCGGCGGCAGCCGCGGCCGCAGCCGCCGCCGGCGACGGCCCGGCCUCUCCCUCCACCGCCAGCGUGCAGCGCAGCUUUGCCGGAUUCGCCAUCCACCAGCCGCCCAGCCCGUCCGCCUGGCCUGCGCCCAGCGGCGCCGCCGGCGUCACGCACUCGCCCGGCGCCUCCGCCGCCUCCUCGGGCGACGCCACCUCCAACCUGCGCCCGGUCAGCCUCUUCCCCGGCGGCGCCUCCGCCGCCACCGCCGCCGCCGCACCUUCCGGCGUCUCCGCCGCCUCCGGUCCCGCUGCUGCCGCCGCCACCGACGACGACGCCACGUCAGCGCCGUCGCCGGCCUCCGCCUCCGCCGGCGGCGCCGCCUUUUCGGUUCCUUUGGGCAGCUCAGAGCGGCAGCAGCUGGCGCAGCUGCAGCGGGUGGUGGCGCUGUCGGCGUCGCUGCUGGAGGCGGGGCUGGUGGAGGAGCUGGGCGAUGUGCUGUCCUCCUCCCUGCGGCGGCCGCUGGCGCUGCCGCCAGCCCUGCUGCAGGGCCUUGGCGCGGGAGCAGCGGGUGUGGGUGUGGGGGCGGGUGUGGGGGCGGGUGUGGCGGGCCUGCCGGCGCGCGGGCAGGCGGUGCGGGUGGCGGCGGGGUCGCUGCGCGGCGAGAGCGGCGUGGUGCGGUACCGCGGGCCCUGCCACUGGAGCGCCGGCUACGUGGUCGGCUUGGAGCUGCCGCCGGCGGCCGCCCCCUCGGCCAGUGCCGCCGCCGCCAAGGCCUCGCCUGGCGGCGGCGGCGGCACAGCCGCGGGCGGCCCGGGUGCGCCGGCUCCCACGGGCGUGCGCGACGGCGUCACGUACUUCCGGCUGGCUGGGGGGCCCGGCUACAGGGCGGCAUUCGUGCCGGCCGACCAGGUCGUGCCGGUGAGAGCGCCGGGGUGAGCGCCGGAGCGCCGGGGUGAGCGCCGGGUUGAGCGCCGGAAGACCUGGGUGAGUGCCGGUGUGGGGGCGCGCCGGGGUCAGUGCCAGGGCCUGUGCGAGGGAGGCGCGGCUUAGUAGGUGAGGAGGCGAUGGCGCGUGCGUGUGCCGGAAUAAGGUCAAAACGCCUGUGCGUAGCACAAGGUACGGUGAGCGCGGGGCGGGUAAGGCUGUGGUCAAGCAAACGGGCCAGGCAGGCGCUCCCGUGUACCCCGGUAAUGACGGGGCAGCAAGGCUAGAGGGGGAAAUGUACCUCGUGCUUCAGUGCUAUCCAAGUAAGGAGGUUCAAAACAGGUCAGAUGGCAUGAGGUCGCAGUAAUGGUUGGGUGGCAAUAUGAUGCUAGCAGGUGUUUAGAAGCUGUGUUUAUAUGGGUGGAGAUGGGCCGGACUUAGCAGGGCCGAUGGGGGGGAAAUUCCGUGGCCGGAAAUAUACUGCUCUGUGACGGCUGGCUAAAUAGUCGCUCCUGCAAAAGAACAUGCUGGUGGUUGCUGGUCUAGACGCCACGUGUGUUUGUUACGUGUGGAUGACAUGGUGGGCGAGCUGGGGCAGCGAGGGAAUGAAGUGAAUGGCACGCCGUUACAUUGAUGCAUGUAGAGAAAAAAUAGAUAAACCUUCAUCCUGGGACAGCUCCGACUAACCCCCAACUAACUCGUGUACGGCACUCCAACCCCCCUCAGCCGUACAGGAGGUAGCGUGGCAGUCGGCAGCUGCACGAGUGUGAGCAGGUAGUUGUACGGCGGCCCGGCUCGGAAGCUACCUGACUGUAGUGACGCACACUGGUCGUUGGCGGUUGUCGGCAGGCGCGCGAGUGGGAGCGGGCAGUUGAGCGCACACGCGUGUGGGAAGCUGCAGUGGAGUACGGUGGAACACGGCGGAGGCUGGCGGUUGGCGCGGCGUGUGAGUGGGAGUGCAUAGUCGUGCGCGCGCCGUCUAGGAAGCUGUGUGUGUGAGCUGCGUGUAAGCUCAGAGAGAC